CUCUGAUUGUCAUUCACUCGUUCUGCACAGCCACACCACCUACCCAUCCUCCCAGCCAGAGACACAGCACAGCUAGAGGGAGGAAGGGGGAGAGGGACGAUCACAGCACUGCACUGACGGAGAGAUGACCAAGGACGUGGAGAUGGCGGCGCGGAACGGCAGCAACGGCGCCGUCGCCGGCGAGGCCUACUACCCCCCUCCCCCGGCGCAGGGCGGCGACGUCGACGUGGACGACGACGGCAAGCAGCGGCGAACAGGCACGGUAUGGACAGCGAGCGCGCACAUCAUCACGGCCGUCAUCGGCUCCGGCGUGCUGUCCCUCGCCUGGGCGACGGCGCAGCUGGGCUGGGUCGUCGGGCCGGUCACCCUGAUGCUCUUCGCAGCAAUCACCUUCUACACCUCCGGGCUCCUCGCCGACUGCUACCGCACCGGCGAUGCGCUCACCGGGAAGAGAAACUACACCUACAUGGACGCCGUCGCAUCCUACUUGAGUCGGCCGCAAGUGUGGGCCUGUGGUGUUUUUCAGUACGUCAACUUGGUCGGAACUGCAAUCGGGUACACGAUCACGGCGUCCAUCAGCGCGGCUGCUAUAAACAAGGCCAACUGCUUCCACAAGAACGGCCGGGCGGCCGACUGCGGCGUGUACGACUCCAUGUACAUGGUGGUGUUCGGGGUCGUCCAGAUCUUCUUUUCCCAGGUCCCCAACUUCCACGACCUGUGGUGGCUCUCCAUCCUCGCGGCGGUCAUGUCGUUCACCUACGCCUCCAUCGCCGUCGGCCUCUCCCUGGCGCAGACCGUAUCAGGUCCAACCGGCAAGGCCACCCUGACCGGCACCGAGGUUGGAGUGGACGUCGAUUCGGCCCAGAAGAUCUGGCUCGCGUUCCAGGCGCUCGGUGACAUCGCCUUCGCCUACUCCUACUCGAUGAUCCUCAUAGAAAUCCAGGACACGGUGAGGUCGCCGCCGGCGGAGAACAAGACGAUGAAGAAGGCGACCCUGGUGGGAGUCUCCACCACGACGGCCUUCUACAUGCUGUGCGGCUGCCUCGGCUACGCGGCGUUCGGCAACGGCGCCAAGGGGAACAUCCUCACCGGCUUCGGCUUCUACGAGCCCUACUGGCUCAUCGACUUCGCCAACGUCUGCAUCGUGGUGCACCUGGUGGGCGCCUACCAGGUGUUCUGCCAGCCCAUCUUCGCCGCCGUCGAGGGCUUCGCGGCCGCGACCUGGCCCAACGCCGGGUUCAUCACCCGCGAGCACCGCGUCGCCGCCGGCAAGCGGCUCGGGUUGAACCUCAACCUCUUCAGGCUGACGUGGAGGACGGCGUUCGUGAUCGUGAGCACGCUGCUCGCCAUCCUCAUGCCCUUCUUCAACGACAUCCUCGGCUUCCUGGGCGCCAUCGGGUUCUGGCCGCUCACCGUCUACUUCCCCGUGGAGAUGUACAUCCGGCAGCGCGGGAUACCGAGGUACACGACGAGGUGGGUGGCGCUGCAGACGCUCAGCUUCCUCUGCUUCCUGGUGUCGCUGGCUGCGGCGGUCGCGUCCAUCGAGGGGGUCACGGAGUCGCUCAAGAACUACGUCCCUUUCAAGACCAAGUCAUGAGGAUGGGAGUUUUUGCAUGCUGUGAAAUAAUUGGCCGUCGACGAUGCUUGUUUGUGCGUGAGAAAUCAUCUAUCGUCGGCUGGGCGCGUCGGUGAGGGGUUUAUCCCGUGUCACGCCCGGCUGUGUUGCUCACAAACUCAACUUACUCAAGGAAGGGAGAGAUUUAUAGAUCAUCUUAUAUCCCUACAGGCUCCAGAUGUUGGUCCUGACUUUAUGUACAUAAACUUAAGUUCAUACCAAAAACUAAGAUUGUUUAACUUGAGUGGUGGGGCACCCCUUCCUCAUCUUCUCACUCUCC